AUGUCCGAGACCUACACUGUUGCCGACGUGCAGAAGCACAAGACAGAGGCCGACGGCAUGUGGUUGAUUGUCGAGAACAACGUCUAUGACAUUACUAAGUUCCUCCCCGAGCACCCCGGCGGCGACCGCAUCCUGAAGCGAUUCGCUGGCAAGAAUGCCACCAAGGCCUUCUGGAAGUACCACUCCGAGAGCGUGCUGAAGAAGUAUGGCGACAAGUACAAGAUUGGCACCGUCGCCGAGGCGCCCAAGCUGUAA